UUGUUAUCCAUUAUUUUAUUAAACAUCAUUUUGGCAAUAAUCUUCUGGAUGGUUUGAUAUUUUGGAACAUGUACAAAUUUAGAUGUCUUAUUAUUUUUUUGAAUGCAUACUAAGCAUAACUUAUAUUUAUGAAUUAAGUGAGAUAGAAAUAAGAUAACUCGUCUUCUAUGAAGUCAUCAUCAUUAAAGUCUCUUACUUUCGUUACCAUUCGAAGAUUAUAGUUACUUCCCCUUUAACCUUUUCCAUCUAUUGCUGUAUUUGAUCCCAAUUACUUGGAUUGGCUACCAUGACGUUGCAAAUUCUUGGCCUUAAUUUUAGCAGAUAAAUUGUUUCUACUACCUAAUUUUUCACUGUGAUUAGAAGAGACCAAAUAAUUAUUAAACAAAUGUUCUUGUAGUGCUGAAUUUAUCUAUUGCUUCUUUCCCGUUCUUUUGGUUUGUUCAUACUUUCUCUCAUUUGGAUCAUUGUACCUAUCAUUUUGACAGCUGGUUUUUAUAUUUGCUGGGGAUGCCUUGUAUGGGUGCCUUCUAUAUAUACUUCUCCUGGCAUGUACCUGGUCAAUCAUCCCGUACACCUUGGAACUCAGUUGGCACUCUACAUCCUAGUAGCAAGCAUUCUUUGCAUAUACAUAAACUACGACUGUGAUAGGCAAAGGCAAGAGUUUCGCAGAACAAAUGGCAAAGCUUUGGUUUGGGGUAAAGCUCCAUCAAAGAUAACUGCCACUUACACUACCACAACUGGGGAAACAAAAAGCAGCAUUCUUUUAACUUCGGGAUGGUACGUUUUCAGGCUCUGCCAUGUAAAUCUGAACUAACUGGAUUUUUUUUUCUUCUUGGUUAUGAAUGCGGGGGGUUCAUAACCAAGAAGAAAUAUUAGCUGAUCCAAGUAAGUAAUUUUAGCUGAUCCAUGUAAAUAUAACUGCCACUUG